AUAAUGGGAAUUGCGUGGUGCAACUUGCCAUUUGUGGUGGCGAUCCCUGUCAUUAUCGUGCGCCCAAUUUAUUUUUAUAUUCAACAUCAGAUCUCGAUUGAAGUCGGUUGAACUCCACCAUGUUUAUUGCUCAGCCACCAAGAAACGGUUGCUGUUUUGGCCUAUUAGCCAAAUUCAAAUUCCCAAAGGAAUCCAAAUCAAAGGCAAUAAUUUCACUUAGUAAUAAUAAAAAGGGACAAAUCAUUUAUUAAUUUUAAAUAUAGUGUGAUACUGAUUCAUUAAUCAUUGAUAUUCCAUUCAUUCAUUCGUUAUCUCCGCCCUCGCCACCACCAUAACCGCCGCAGCACCAAUGACAGCUGGGAAUCAAGAGCAACAAAUUGAACUACUAACAUCGACCGAUGACGAUCAUGGUGGUGUUAUUGUUGAAUUGGAUAAGCCUAUGGACUCCACAACCUUUGUCCCCAUUCUCAGGGCUUCAAUUUCACACUGGAAAAAGCAGGGUAAGAGAGGCCUGUGGGUAAAAGUGCCUAUUCAUUUAGUCAAUCUUGUUGAAGCUCUAGUUAAGGAAGGAUUUUGGUAUCACCAUGCAGAACCAAAUUAUUUGAUGCUUGUACAUUGGAUAGCUGAAAGUGUAAACACUAUUCCAGCAAAUGCCACACAUCGAGUAGGGGUUGGUGCACUUGUUUCGAAUGAAAAAGGAGAGAUCCUUGUGGUUCAAGAAAAGACUGGACAUUUUCAAGGAACUGGAUACUGGAAACUCCCUACUGGAGUUGUUGAUGAGGGGGAAGAUAUUACUGCAGCGGUGGUAAGAGAGGUCAAAGAAGAAACAGGAAUUGACUCAGAGUUUGUGGAAGUAUUGGCAUUCAGACAAAGUCACAAGACAUUCUUUGAGAAGUCAGAUCUAUUUUUUGUGUGCUUGUUGCGGCCUCUUACUUCUGACAUAAAAAUACAGGAGGUUGAGAUAGAUGCUGCAAAGUGGAUGCCAUUUGAUGAAUAUGCAGCUCAGGCUUGGAUGGAGAAGUAUGAACUUAUGAAACAUGUAAAUAAAAUAUACUUGGCAAAGAUGAAUGGUUGGUAUUCUGGAUUAACUCCUGUAUCUACAACAUCACUGCCAUCUGAUGACAAAAUCAGUUAUCUCUACCUGAAUGCCAAGGGCCUCAAGAGGUGCAAUUCUUUGUAAGCAUCAUCAGCAAAUGUUUUUACUCGGUUAGGAAUAUAAUGCUGGAAUGGUUUCUGUCUUUGCCAUCUUAUUUACUAUCAUUUGAUUCAUUAAAGGUGAACAAAUGCAGGUCUUAGCUUCCUAAGGUUAAUUAAAAUAACUUCAAAUAAUUGUAUAUGUGAAUAUUGAACCUGAAGUUAGUUUCAUACUUCAUCUCAAAGUAUCUAUAUUAUAGUUGUUUGAAAGGCUAUACUAGGCCUACCCGAAAAAAUGUGAACGUGUACGUUAUAAAUAACUGGUAUGAUGUGAUUCUUUGGAAGCAUCAGAAGCGAACUUGCCUUAUGACAUCACCCAUGACUCAGAGUCAUAGUGCUAUCUAUGUUAGUGCUGAGUAGUGUACAUGUUCAUGUUCUUGUUGUGCUAAGAUGAUAAUUUCAUAACAUUGGAACAUUACUAUUGCCCAAAAUGAUAUUUGUAUAUCUUUAGAAUGGUGUUUUCUCCA